AUGAUGAUGCGGGGUCACGACAACCUAUCGGUCAACGACCAAAUGGAAGACCUACGUGAGCGCAUGCGCCUUCUACAAGGAGACCGCAAGGCAAAUAUCGACAUUUUGGAGGCGAACAAAGGCUCCAACAAGGAGGAGAUCCGGCGCCUAAGGGCUGAAAACAAGGAUGUUCGGCUGAAGUUGUCCCAGUUGGUCAGGGGAGGGGCUAACGGAGAUGAGGUGGCAGAACUGGACCGUCUCCAAAGAGAAGUCCACCGUCUUCGAAAAGUCUACAACGACUCCAAGAGCCGGUCAUCGGCGGUUAGAAAAGGGUUGCAGCAGCUUAAGGACGAGGUGAAAGAUCUUGAGCUGGAAUCACAACAGCCGAACCGAGAAGAUUCCCCGUUGACGCGGAAGAUCCGGAUGCUCGAGAACCGGCUCGACAAGGCCAUGAUCAAGUACAACGAGGCGCAGAGCAUCCGCAAGACGUACGAACAGAUAGUUAAAAGACUCAAGGAGGAGCGAGUAGGCUUCGACAACCAACUUGGCGCCGUGGAACGUACCCUCCAAGCCAAAAUCAAAGACUACGAGGAGCUGCUGCUGCUGUCAGGCGACGCCAAUCACGCUCGAGAGGUGGCUCAAUCAGAAUUAGACCGCCUUCGGACGGAUUACGAGGAGGAGAGAAGAAGGAGAGAGAGCGAGCUUCGAGAGAGACACCAGGUGGUGCAGCUCAGAAAACAGAUCAAGCUACAGGCCGACAGGCGGGCGCAGAUGAGGGCGGGGCUAACGGCGGCGAACAACGACAGCGAAACGGGGGAGGCCGGAGAGCAGGGUCUCAAGAAGGCGGCUGCCGCGAACGCGAACACGACCGCGAAGAUGGUAAUGGACCGCGUGAGCCACAAGAGCAAGAUUGACGUCUUCGAGAACGCUUUCAGGAAGAUCAAAGAGGCGACGGGCGUGUCCGAUGUGAACGAGGUGAUCCAGAAGAUGAUCAGUCAGGAGAGCACGGCAGAAAGCCUCAUGAUACUAACGAAAGAGAACCAGGCAAGGAUCGAGGGGUUAAACAAGCGCAAGUCGUCUCUCAAGGCGGCGGUGGAAGAGGUGAAAUACUCCGGUCCUGGAGAGGGGCACCGUCGAAAGAUGGUCGAUGACCACGAGGAGCUACUGUCGAACAGCGUGGCCAGGCUCGAGAGAGUGCGGCACAAGCACGAGCGCCUGUCGAAGAUUCUCAUCAGCGUCAAGGCGGGGGUAGAGCACCUGCAGGACAAGCUCAAGAGCACUGCUACCGAGGUUGGGGUCGAGCCUAUGGUUAUGACCGACGAAACCGUGGUGGACGUGCUGGAGGUCGCCGAAAAGGUGCUGGUGGAGGUUAGCGAGAGAGUCAAGCUCAACGAGUACGAGCAAAGCGUGGGCGACACGGGUGCCAUCCAGACCCUACAAACUGCCGUGGGUGGGGGAGGAGGAGGAAGAGCCGGAGGGUCUCAGACAGACCUCGUUUCGUGGGGGGGUGGGGGCGACGGAGCAAUGGCUGGCACAGACGAGGGGGCCGUGCAGAUGCGGCCGUACAACCAGAGGAUCGAGCUGCCGAGCGUGGACGAUGUCGACGGGGACACGGGAAGGGCGAGAAGUGGAGGGUCAGUCGACGACGACGGGAUUCACGAUUUGGACGAAGACGAGCUGACGAGGGAUAAGGUCAAGAAGGCGGCUUCUCACGUUCUCCUGCAGCAAGAGAAGAAGAAGAAGAAGCCCAAGAGGAAGGGACGUGGGGCCGACUAA